AUGGCCAGCGGAGUAAUCAAAGCUGAUUUGAGUAAAAUCGCGGGAAAUUUAGUGAAGAAUGCUUCGAGUGGUGAGGUGUGUGAUAAUCCUGCUUCCAGACUGAAAGGAAGUGUUCCACCGUCGGCUUUCGAAUUUUCUUCAGCCUUCUGUCGGCUGGGGGCGCGUGACUUAUCCGUCAUCCACCCUCAGUUGAAAGCCCAUAAUGUUCGGCUGAUUGGCAUCGGCCUGGAGCAACUGGGCGUUGAGGAGUUCCUGGAGAAAAGAUUUUUCUCUGGUGAACUAUACGUUGACGAAAAAAAGAAAAAUUAUGCUGAUUUGGGGUACAAGCGCCACGGUUAUUUCUCCAUCCUAACCGCUCUCAUUUCCCGAGCAGCCAGGGCGAUGAUAUCGCGGGUGAAGCAGGAAGGUGUCGAAGGAAACUUUGCCGGAGAUGGGCUGCAGACGGGAGGUACGCUCAUCGUCGAAAGAGGUGGAAAGGUACUGCUGGACUUCAAACAGGAUAACCCUGCCGAUCAUGUGGAACCCGCUAAAAUUCUCGAGAUACUGGGGAUCAAAUCCGAGGCACCGAGCUCGUAAUCUUUUUCAUGGGCAUUUAUAUUCUGCUUGCUUGCGGCUUUUCCGUUGAUACGACCUUUUUCUGACGAAACGGCUGUGAAACAUCGACCACCAAUGAUGCACGAUUCUUUAAAUCACGUACAGGACUCGUGCUGAUGAUUGAGUCGAUGAUUUGGGGCAUUCUUCAGAGAAAAGCGUACAUUCGAACGAGUCGUCUUGUUGGCAGGGGCAGGGAUUAAAUCGAGUGACAUCGAAGUGAUUUCUAUGGAGGUUGUGCGUUUUUAACUUCAUUCUUGGUUGGGUUUUUAUAUUCUCGAGUAUGGUUCGCUUGAGAAGCUAAUUGGCAGUGAUCAGAGAUUGGGUAAUAAUAUAGUAGGUUGGUGAUUUGCCAUGUGAUCUUUCUGUUCUACAUGUCGUCUUGGCCAUUCGUACCAGAACGAGCUCCAUGGUAAUGUCGUGAAGCUUCCGGCUCCAGCGGAGAUCGAUGUCUGAGAACUUUUUGAGAUUUUUUCUGUUCCAUUGGUUUCAGCCUCUUUUUCUAUUAUGCGGACUGAGUUCGUUACUGCUCCCAAGAAUGCUGGGAACUCCUUAUACAGUGCAUAUUGAAGUAUGGCAGAUGCCCAAACGCUCAUGUAACAGAUAGGUCGUGUUUGUGUAUGAUAAGCCGACAGUGUGGAGCUUCCAAUGGGUCUUGAAAUUUUCAGCUUGAAAUAUAAAGUUUGGAUGGGUCUCUCCUAGAAAGUCCUCUUCCUUGAGAAUUGUUUUUGUCUGGGACACGUUUAUUUUGACAAACAGUCGAUUAAAAGGGAAUGGUGAAAAUUA